AUGACAGUCAAGCUGGGUGACCACAGCAGCAGCGUUGGAGCCCCCGAGGAAGGCCUGAGGAAGCUGGGCAAGCGAGGAGCGGCCGGCGAGGAAGAGGGGUGGCCCGAAGGAGGAGGAUGUGGGGGAGACGGAGGGCAGAAGAAAGCCGAGGAGGAGGGGACCCCUCGAGGAGGAGAGGCGAACGGGGGUCCCUCCUCGGGAGUCCCAGCGUCGCCUCCGGUUUCCUCCUCCUCCUCGGGACCGCCGCCACCACCACCACCACCGACAGCCCCCGGCCACGACCAGCAUCACUUCCUCCGGUCCAGCGUCCGGCCGCAGAGCAAGAGGCUGAGGAAGGAUCCCCAGGCGUCCUGUGUGGCGGCCGUCGGCGGAACGGGCAGCAGCGGGGGCAGCGCUGCCCCCACGGGAAAAGGGAAAGGUGCCGAUAAUGGCGGGGCAUCAUCUGGCAACUCCUCAGGAAUCCCGUCCAGCACCCCAGCCGGCAAUUCAAAAUCAGGUUCCAGGAACUUGAGCACAUCCACCGGAGAAAAAGAGGAAGGCAAGAAAGUGAGGCGUCAGUGGGAAUCCUGGAGCACGGAGGACAAGAAUACCUUCUUUGAAGGCCUCUAUGAGCACGGCAAAGACUUUGAAGCGAUUCAGAACAAUAUUGCCCUGAAGUACAAGAAGAAAAGCAAGCCCGCAAGCAUGGUGAAGAACAAGGAGCAGGUCCGGCACUUCUAUUAUCGCACUUGGCACAAGAUUUCCAAAUACAUUGACUUUGAUAAUGUGUUUUCUCAAGGGCUGAAAAAAUCCUCCCUCGAGCUUUAUGGCUUAAUUUGUUAUGGGGAGCUCAGAAAGAAGAUUGGGGGCUGUGAGUAUUCUGUUUUUCGAUGCCAUGAAAUUAGAAAGUGUGGAAAGCUUCUCUCUCAGCUGCCGUGGAAAACCACUUCCCAACCAUUUUGCCAGAUGUGUCUUAAGUCUUCCCUCUACCGCAUUUUGCACAUCGCUCUGCAGCGUGCAUUUCUCUGGCUUUGUGUGGGAGAGAUUUCCAAGCAUCAUCUGCAGUUUUGCUCUUUCAUGCAGAGUAGAAGGAAGCAGAAAGCACGCCAGGAAGCAUCUGCUAUUUGUGGGUGUCGUUUCACAAACAAUGAGAAAUCUGCUCGUCCUUGCCUAGCAGAAGGAUGUAAGGACUACGCAGGACGACUUCUAAUGAUCGUGGAGCUGCAUCGGAAGGUAUCCAGCCUCAUUGAAUUCCUGAAACAGAAAUGGGCUCUCCAUGAAGUGCGUAUCAGGAAAACACUAGCCGAGCGGCAGCUGCAAGAUUGCAGAGAUGCUGAAGCCAGCAGCAGCUAUUCCGAAGAGAAAACGACGUUCCAUCUCUUCCCGGGGGAGAACUGCACGCUGACGCCCCUCCCCGGGGUUGCCCGCGUGGUACACUCCAAAGCUUUCUGCACAGUGCAUUGGCAGGAAUCGGGCCGCUGCAAGCAGAGUACGAAGGAUGUCCACCUGUUGCCCCCUGCCCAAAUCCUGGGCAUACAGAGCGGUCAGGGGACAGCCAGAGGGCAGGUGAAAUACUCACGGGGGGCGGAAAGCAAGGGCGGAACCAAACCCGAAACGACGGCGGAACUGAGCAGAACGCCUCAGUUGAUCCUUGAUCCCGUCGCGAACCCGGACGACUGCUCCGCCGAAACUGGGCUCACCGAAGGCACAUCCUCGGACCUUGGCAUCACCAGCCAUCUCAACAAGCCGCCCGCUGGGCUUCAGGACCCAAGCGGGAGCCUGGAGAAGUCCGUCCUGGUGGCUGAGAGCAGAGUGGUGGUGCCCGCCGCGGUAGACGCCAGCAGCAGCGGCAAGUGCAGUUGCGGCGAUCUCCCGCCGGAUUUGGAAGAGUUCUCCCUGCUUGAUCCCUUCCCUCGUUACAUGAAGUCAUGCCAUGAUCUGAUUGUCCCUGAGAAGUGUCUCUGUGCCGAGAAGCUGGAUAGAAAAGAGGUGGUGGCCUUUCCGGAAAGUUCUCCUCCCAGGGGUGGUUUCCCUGGCGGCAAGGAGACCGGCAGCCGCAGCCCCCCACAGCUGGCAAGCAGCAGGGUGGACUUGCUCAGUGUUGGUCCGUCCACUUCUGAAACUCAGGCCUUCCCCUGCUCCGGACUUCAAGCGGAACCGUGCGUGAAGGAGCUUCCCGAUGUAGUAAUGGAGGAUUCUCAGGAGAAGCUCAACCCCUCACUGCCACCACCACCACCUCCUCCUCCUCCACCGCCUCCAGCUCAGGGACAGACGGCCGCAAAGCCUGUCAAAGACGACCCCAGCCGCCUCGCACAGCAAGUGCGGGAGAAGGGGUGGAGCUUGCGGACCUCUGAAAGCCUUACCUUGGCUGAAGUCUACCUCAUGAUGGGCAAGCCGAACAAACUGCAGCUAGAAUACGAUUGGCUGGCAGUCCUGGGGCAGGAAACCCAGGAUGCCGGGGAGCCCAUCGCCGAACCGAAAUCUGUUCCUCCAUCGGCCACUUUCCACAAACAGAAACUCCUCAAUUGCCUCUUGAAACUCAUCUCUUCUGAAGUGAACCCCAAACCAAUCCCCGAAACGAAUUCCGUUGCAACCUCCCCCAUCAAGCCCAUUCAAGAGGAGCAUGCUUUGACCCCUCCCGGGAAGGUGAUUACCAUUAGCACCAGGAGCCCGGGCUGUGCUCGCAACCAACCUGCUGUUCAUAAGAAGACCUUUUCCCCCGGUGCCACUCCCAACUCCUCAGAGAACACUGCUUCCAAGACCUUCCGAAAAACCUUCCCAGCACGUUUGUUCCUUUUCCAUCUUAUCGAACUCCUCCAUAACAGGAAGGGGAUCUUUUCGGCCCAUCCAGUCUUCGCUGACUAAAGCUGCCGUAUCACGCCCCAUAGUUCCCAAGAUCCUUCCAGCUCAAGCCACCACUCGUCUGUCCAGCGCGAUUGAUUUGGCGGCUAAAUCAGCUGGUAUUAUCCCCGGCAAUACAUUGCCACUGCUGGGGACCGAAGGCUUGCCAAGCGUUUCCCCGCUCUCACCAGAGGCAGUAACUACCGUGGUUGGAGGUCAAGACUCCACAGUGGCACGUCAGAAUGGAGGCUCCAUAGCAACAGUCGCGGGUACAAGCCAUGAAUGUCGGGUUCCUUUCCUUGGUCUACCAUCCCAGUCUGAGCAGGAAGCCAUUCCUGAUGGCUUCCAGGGAACACCGGUCCUCUCUCUGCCAGAGCUGCCUAAAACGUCUCUCCAGAACGGUCUCUCCUCCUCUCCACUCCCCUCUUCCGAGGCAUCCAGCACCCGCCUGUCUCCUCCCAAUGUCUCCGCUCUCCUUGACAUCUCUCUCCCUGGGCCCCCCGAGGAUGUUCUGUCUCAGGGAGAACCAGCCACUCAAAUCAGCGACUCCAUCAUUGAAAUAGCCAUUAGCUCUGGCCAAUACGGUGAGAAUGUUUCCCUGUCCCCAGCCAAGCUGAACGGCAGCGAUAAUUCCAAAAGUCUUCCGUCUCCGUCCUGCAGCCCCCAGCAGAGCUGGAUCGCUUCGCCCAGCCACGAUCCACAGUGGUAUCCCAACGACUCCACCGACUCUUCGCUCAGCAGCUUAUUUUCCAGUUUCCUUUCUCCGGAAAAGGGCCGGAAAAUGCUGCCCACCUCAGUGGGCAAUCCAAGCAGCACCUCCUUGUUGGGGCCCAGUCUGCUGGAUGGGAAUUCACGGGAUUCUUUUGUCUCUCGGUCCAUGGCGGAUGUUGCUGAGGUGGUCGAUUCCCAGCUGGCCUGCAUGAUGAACGAGAACAGCAUUGAUUACAUCUCUCGGUUCAAUGACCUUGCCCAGGAGCUCUCCAUCCCUGAGCCGACCCGCCGAGAGAUUCUCUUUGACGGAGGGAGUGGCGGUCCCCCCAUCGGCGACCUUUCUCAGUGAAUGCCUCCCACCAGCGGGCUGGUGGGCGCCGUUGAAUUGGUCAUAACGUGGAGGAAUGACGUCAUAGCUAUGCAGCGGAUUGGGUUUUUAAUUUUUUGGUUUUUUUUAAAAAAAUCAUUGUCCUGGCGGGAGCAUGCCUGAGAAGAAGAGAGAGAGGUUUUCUCUUCGACCUUCUACGGUUCCUGGAAAGUGCAAUAGGCUGGGAACAAGACAGUGUGGAGCAGUAUUAUAGGAAGUGACGUGUGUAAGCUGGUGACCAGCAACGUUUACAAAGGCAGCUCCGGGUUUUAAGGUCUGAGCAAGAAACCCCACAAACGACAUCCUUAGAUGUCGUCGGGGUAUCCACACAUAAGCUGAAAGUUGGGGGUAAAUAGUGGUCUGUUUUUAUUAAGUUUUCCUCUUUUUUUUUUUUAAGAACUUCCUCUCCAGAUCUGUUACGCUUGUCUUGUUGGCAAGUCAUUUGAGCUGGUAUUCCUGGCACUUUCUUGCCCCAAUAGCAGCUGAAUUCCACGAGGCUUUUAACAGAAUUCUUUCAUCCUUUCUCUAUAGUCAUUAACAUUCCAGCAGGAAAAAUGCAAUGCCUGUUCCUGUUCCAUCUUUAAAAAUUAGGAUAAUGUCAGUGGAAAUCUUGGAAGGACACAAAACCUAUCUUGCUUCUUUUUAACAUCCUUCCCCAUGGUUAAAAAGAAGACAGCUAUCCCUUAAGGGCUUCCAUUUUUCCUAGCAUGCUGGCUGGGGGAAUUCUGGGAGUUAAAGUCCAUACAUCUUCAACCAGGGGUCGGCAACCUUGAAC